AUGAAUUUUCCGUGUGGACCGUUAGAUUCGAUCCAGUUGGUCGCGCUCAUUCUUUUUAUAUUAUUAAUUCUUCAAAGUUUACUCGGCAUCGGCCUCGGCAUAGGAUUUCUUCUUCAACCGCCAUUGUACAACACGAUUAUUAACCUCAAUUCUGCUUUCAAUAGACAAGCUUAUUUUUCCAUUUAUGCUCCUCAUAUUCUUCUCAUAAUCGGCAGUGGUAUAGUAGCAAUACCAAUCAUAUUUGGUAUACUUGGCAUCAUUCAACGUCGUUGGCGUUAUUUGAUUAUUUCUCUUGUUCUAAUUUCACUUUACAUGUCUAUUCUAUCCGGCGCAUGUGCUUCAGGUUUUGCUUACUAUGAUCGUCUUCGUCCUACUCUCGUAAAUGAUGUUGCUCAAACGUCAGCAUCUGUGUGGCCACCUAUUCGUUCAACCUAUAAUUGUACAGGAACGAAUUGUGUUACCGCACUCGAAGAUGCAAUGUAUGCAAAUAAACAACGUAUUGGCAUAAUAUCAGCUGUAUUUUUACUCGUACCUAGUUUAAUCAUUCUAAUAAUUAUGUUACAAAUGCGUCGCGAAGUACUCUAUUUCAAAUAA